GUCUCUUGAGCGGGUCGUUUCCAAGCGGUAUUUUUCCACGGCGUACCACGUCGAUCGUGUCCGCGUGACUUGGCGACAAGCUGCUGAAUUGCUUGUUCAUCAUGUCCGACCUGUCUGAACUCUCUGACAUGGAGGAUUCGCAGAUAGAAGAAUCCGACAUGGACUCGAUGACAGUAAGCACCAGGGGGACUUCGUAUCCGCGUACUGAGUGGUCGCAAGGAGACACGGCAGGAGAAGCACCCUGGUGGCGCAUGAAUCUGGUCGCCCUGUUCUCCGUCUCUCUCGUCCUCCUUGGUCUCAUCGGUGCAGCUUCCCAUCUGUCCAUUUUUGCAGUCUCAGAGGAACAGGUCGCCGAUGGAGACACGACUACCAAUAUAGUAGACCUGAGUUUUAUCAAUACCACGUUUCCGGCUGGAGGCGAGGACCUACGCUUUCAUGUCAUAGGUGUCCGAAGACCGGUCCCUGGAACUCUGCGUGUUCGAACAACGAAGACGACUACAUUGGAAGAUGGAACAAAAAACGGAGGUCGACAACGGAAGGCGGCGCGUACCGCAGGCCUCAUCUGGCCGCUGCCUCAGAGCCACAAGGUCGGAUCCGGCGUUCUCUUCCUGGACGCGGUCACCUUUCAUCUCACAUUCUCAGCGUCAGUGUCGUCAACGUCGACGGACCCUUCGCCGACGGACCCUUCGCCGACUUCGGCGACAGCGACAGCAACGCCACGGCCAGGCGCACGCUCGCCCUGUCCGCUGGUGGAGCGAGCGAUGCGGCGCUAUCGCGAACGCUGGCUGUUCGGCGACUGCGCCGCCCGGCACUCGAGCGAGGCCGACGUCCGAAGCGCUCGGGCUCAGGCGAAGCUACGCUGGGAUCGGAGCAGGCACGGCGACGACGCGUCUCUCUGGGGCACGCUCAUGGAGGCACUGAUCGUCAACCUCAGGGGCCCUUGCGAAGACAGCCCACACGAAAACAUGGAUGAAAGCUACCACCUAGUACUCUCAUCUUCGCGACCGUCGGUACUGACCUCCCGCUCUGCAUGGGGCCUUAUGCGCGGCCUGGAGUCCUUCAGCCAACUCGUGCGUCGGUACAACGCCACACAUUUCUGGGCCAAUGAAAGCGAGGUGGUGGACGCUCCCAGAUUCUCGCACCGUGGUCUACUCCUGAACACCGGCAGCCAUUUUCUUCCCGUAGCCACCAUCGUCGAAGCGCUGGACGCCAUGGCACUUAACAAGAUGAACGUGCUUCACUGGCGCAUCGUGGAUGAAUAUUCUUUUCCUUUCGUCAGCCAAGCGUUCCCGGACCUCAGCUUGAAGGGGGCGUACAACCCGGAGACACUGGUGUACCAGCCUUCGGACGUUGACCGGGUCAUCAACGAGGCCAGGGACCGCGGGAUCCGGAUAGUGCCUGAGCUGGGCAACCCCGGUCGCACGAAGUCGUGGGGCAGGGCGUUCCCUCACCUGCUGGCCAAAUGUGAGGAGGAAGAAAGCAGCGGAAGCGUGGGCUCGCUCAACCCGACACAGAAUGCCACGUUCGAGUUCCUGGAUAGGCUUUUGGCAGAAGUGGCACGCCUGUUCCCGGAUGGCUACCUACACCUGGGCGGGGACGAGCUAGGCCUCGACUGCUGGAAGUCCGACAUGGAAGUUGCAAAGUACUUGAAGAAAAUGAACAUCUCCGGAAGUUACGGGGACCUUCUGAGGCUUUAUUACAAAAGGUUAUUUAUUAUUGUGAACAAGUUUCGCAAAAGCCCUGUUUUCUGGCAAGACGUAUUUACAAAUAAAGUCCGACUACCUCGACACGCGGUAGUCCAAUCGCGGCACCAGGAAAGCGGGACGGCUGACCUUCUCUCCGAGCUGACGGCGAAGGGACACCGGGUCCUGGUCUCUCACUGCUGGCUCAUGGAAGCGUCCGCCAACAACCAAAGCUGGCCGCCGCUCCAUCAAUGCGAACCUCAUGACUUCCAAGGAACAGCCAAGCAAAAGGCCCUGGUCGUCGGAGGCGAAGUUGGUGUCUGGGAUGAUAGCGUUGAUCGCACUAACCUGAUAGCCAGUACUUGGCCUGCGGCAUCACUGGCGGCGGAGAGACUUUGGAGCCCAAGGCAUCUGACAGACCUGAACACUGCCAUGACCAGACUUCAGGAGCAGCGUUGUCGGAUGCUCAGGCGAGGCCUCGAAGUGCAGCCGCUGACGGGACCGGGGUUUUGCGAAUGUGACCACGUGGCAUAGACAGUAUUCCCGUGCCACGCUCCUUCGCUGUGCUCACUUAAUAUGCAAUAGUGUUUCGUGCUUAUUUCUGGACACUUGUUAAUCUAUAAUUAAGCUGUUUAGCCACCUUCAAAUAAUGUAUAAUCACAUGUCAUACCUGUAUCAUAUGAUUAUGUAAAUGUGCCGUAUUUUAUUCUGCUCUCGAUACGACUUUAUAUUGCUAUUUAUCUUAGUCUACGUAUAUGCGCAUGAAACUGGCAAACAGAAUUCCUGCAGUUAUCACGCUGUCAUAGCGUUCUCCAUCUGCGGGAAGCUGUUUUUUCAUCCAGUUUCAUUUCUAUUAAUUUGUCAUUUAUUUCUCUCGUUUAAUAAGCACAAGUAAUUACCCCUA